AUGAGCCAACAACAUAUCGAUCCACACGCUGCUAAACUUGCUGCACAACGUUCCAGUGUUGAUUACACGGAUUUCCCAGCCUUUCCAACAAAGCUUGUAGUUCACCCUCUUGUAUUAUUAAGUGUUGUAGAUCAUUAUAAUAGAGUUGCCAAAGAUACAUCAAAUAGAGUUGCUGGUGUCUUGUUGGGAGAAAUUACAAAGGACGGAGUAGUUGAUGUUACAAACAGUUUUGCUAUUCCAUUUGAGGAAGAUAGCAAGGACCCAACAAUUUGGUUCUUUGAUCACAGUUUCCUUGAAUCCAUGUUGGCAAUGUUCAGAAAAGUAACUGCUAAGGAAAAGGUUGUUGGUUGGUAUAGUACUGGACCAAAGAUUAGAAAAUCCGAUAUUGAAAUUCAUCAAAUCAUCAAGGAAAAAUACCUUCCUCAUCCAACCUAUUGUAUUAUUGAUGUAAAUCCAGAACAAGAAAAUGUAAUACCUACUGACGCCUAUGUUGCUGUUGAAGAAAGAGAAGAUCAACAAUCUCAACCAAAACUCACCUUUACUCACUUGUCAUCAGAAAUCGGAGCUUUGGAAGCUGAAGAAAUUGGUGUUGAACACUUGCUUCGUGAUGUUAAGGAUACCACAAUUUCUGACCUUGCCUCAGCUGUUUCGAACAGAAUGACAAGUUUGAAGGCUCUCAGAGGAAGAUUAUCUGAAGUUAAUACCUAUCUUUCUCAAGUCAGUACCGGUAAAAUGCCAGUCAAUCACAACAUUUUAUAUUUAUUGCAAGAUGUUUUCAAUUUACUCCCUGGUUUGCACACUACUGACACCAAGCAAUCCCUCGUCAAGAAGACUAACGAUACAUAUUUGGCAAUGUACUUGGGUUCUGUCAUUCGUUGCAUUGUUUCUCUCCAUGAUUUGAUCAAUAACAAGAUUGAAAUGAGAGAAAUUGAAGCUAAACAAUCUAAAAAGGAAGCUGAAAAGAAGGAAGAAGCUGAAAAAACAUCAACAGAAACUAAGGAAGUUCAAAAAACUUCUCAAGACAAGAAAUAAAUCAAUGUAAAUUAUAAAACAAAAGUUAGUUCAC